GGCACAACUUAAUCUAGAGGAGGCAUUCGCGCGCUGUCUGCCUACGGAGCAGGUUCGGUUGUUCUCUCAAAGAGCGAUCCUUCCAACUUAUUCUUCGAACGGUCGGUGUGCGUGCCGCGCGAAAUCUCAAAACAAAUUUAUCACACACAUACCCAAACAAAACAAUCAGUGUCGAUCACAGACAUGACACUGAAUCCAACAGCGAACAGUUCGAUAGUGUUUUUAUUUCUCGUUCUUUGUGGUUUUAAGGUGUAAAACGAUUCCGUUCUUUUAUAACUCUUUUUGAAAGAUCGAAACGAACGAUGUGACAUGAACUUUCUUCUUGAUCACUUUUCGAUUUUACAAACUCGUCGUUUUUGAGUUUGUCGAGUGAGAAGAAAAUUGGGGAAACAACCCGAAAAACAACGAGUUAUGUGGUGGAUAAUGCUACUGACCAUGACACUGAGAAGUGUCGCGUCGAUGACGACCACACCGUGCGAAGAAGCAAGAUUUCGAUGCGCUCAACGCGAAGGAUGCGGAAAUGCACUACACACUUACAUGUCGGGAUGUUCUGCUGUUUUAAGAGGAAUGGUGAUCUCGAGAUGUCCGGAUGUCUGCAAGAAUGCACUAAUAGCUUUAACGUCAACUGAAGAAGGAAAAGCACUAAUGACAUGUGAUUGCAACGACGAGUACUGUGAAGAUACAAAACAACGAGUUGAAGUCUGUCGACAACAAGUAAUGAUCGCCCACCAUGACGACACAAUAGUAACUUGCGACGUGGCUCGAAUGAUCUGCCAAGCAGAUCCGGCAUGUUCAGCAGCAUUCGAUUAUUACGAAAACUAUUGUAAAUCAAUGUUCACCGGACGAAAGUGUACAAAACGUUGUAAAAAUUCCCUUUACAUCUUACAGCGUCAAAUAAAAGCGCAAAAACUGAAAAAUUGCGUUUGCGACGGUCCCAACAUCAUGGAAUGUUUAAGAGCGCAACACAACCGCGAAAAACUUUGUAUACGUAAACCAAAUAAACCCAAAGGAAAUAACGGAAAUAAAGAGGAAAAACGGAAGGAACAGCACCAUCAUUCAAAACAUCACGAUGAUAACAAAGGGUCGCGAGGUGGUCAUAAGAGUGAUCAUAACGGUGAUCAUAGGGUCCAUAAUAAAAUACAUCAUAUGCACGGAAAUGUAACGAGUAAUAAUAAUAAUAACAAAGAGGUUGCAGUACACGUGACUGAACCUGUGGUGAGAGGUGAUGUGUUCACGAACGAUAUAAAAACUUUCCGAACAGGAAAUUACGCGACGACGUUACGCAUGAGUUACGUGUUGGUAACAUUAUUUUCAGUGAUUGUGUGGUGUGCUUCGUGAUUUCGAUGUUUUCCGAUAGUUUAGAGCAUUUUUAUCGGAAGCUACCUCAUUAUUUUUUUGCAAUCAGUAUUCGCUUCAUGUUUUUAAUAAUUUAAAAAGGUGAAGAUGAAGAAA